ACAAGCAAUGUCGCCAAGGUAACGUGAUCUUGGAGAAUUCCCGUGAACUAUGACCCGUAAAUGUUUCUACAAAUUGAUAAAGUUGAAUAUGUAAUCCUUUUUAAGAACCGAACAUGAACAAUUUAACGGCAAUACCAAAAUGUUUCCACGUAAAAUAAGAUGUAAUGCAUUUUAACGCGAGUUGGGUGUAAUCUGUGUAAAAUUGAACCGUUUUACCUUUCGCAGUUCCGAAAAGUACUAAAUACCGAAAUGUAACGAUUCUUAUGACUUAACCAGUGGCGGUCAAACGUACCAAAACCAAGGCAUGGCCAAAUGCUUUUCUCCAGAGUCAGAUUUUGGGGUUUGGUCGUUCUAUUACUGGUGUACAUCGCUGGAGUUUUAAUAUUGUCAGCAGUCUCACUGCACGAAUCCAAAAAUGCCGGAAUCAAGACUAAUUCGGAAUCUAGCCACCAGCAAGUGUCGAAGUUGAAGAACUUCGAAUACGGUCUUCCAGGGUUCAGACCGCCCUUACGAAGGUCCAAAAUAAAUUGGUGUUCUGAGCUGAAGUACGUGGACCCCCCUAGGGAAACGGUUGCUUUGGCGUCCUUCCCUGGAAGCGGCAACACUUGGUUGAGGUAUUUGCUGCAGCAAGCCACUGGUUUCUUCACUGGGUCCGUCUACAAAGACUACGGGUUGCUAAAGAAUGGUUUCCCGGCGGAAAGCGUCUUGAACGGUUCUGUCCUGGUGGUCAAGACCCACGAAUGGGGUCCAAAAGCCAGAAGCAAGUUUUCCAAAGCUAUCCUGCUCGUAAGAUCUCCUGCACCCGCCAUACAAGCCGAAUUCAACAGACAGAGCGGCGGCCAUAUCGGUUUUGCUUCACCAGACAGAUACAAACGGACGAAAGGCAAACACUGGCAACAGUUCGUCAGCGACAAACUGAGAGGUUGGCAACAGAUGAAUCUCGACUGGCUUUAUAAUUUCACCGGUCCAACACAUGUGAUUUUCUACGAGCAGUUGGUCGACAAUGUGGAACACACCCUCAGGACCGUGAUCAAAUUUCUGGACGUGCCCAUCAACGAGGAACUCUUCAACUGUGCUAUGGAACGCAAGGAAGGCAUUUACAGGAGGAAAAAGAGGGUGUUAAAUUUCGAUCCGUACACUUCUAAGAUGAAGGAAAACCUGAAGAGCAUCCAGGAGAAGGUCUACGAGGCUAUAUAUAAUUUCGCCGCGCCUGCUUCAAGGAGAUGAUGAAAAGUUUAGUUGCGGGUCGAGCGAGGUUUGUUUGUUUGUCUACGCUAAUCAAGGCGAUGUAAAUUGCAUUGAUAAUGACAGGAUUUUUAGAAAAACGUGCCCAAAAAUCCACCAUUUGCCGUUUUGUACAUUAUACAGUAUAGUACUUUGAUUGAGGGUCAUAUUUAUACGGAUCUUGACCUUUGAAUAUAUAGUUCACCUAAACUAGAUCAAUGUCUAAGACCAUCGACAUUGAGAUUCACAAACUAAACAUAGUGCUUCAAAAAGUAACAGUAACUAAUACUUUUUAUUAAAAACUUGAAAUGAUUUAAAAUAAUAUAUC